AUGGCUUCGGGUGCCGACUGGGCAUUUAUGGAUACUUUGCGGCCUCCUGUCUACGUGUGUUUGCGUCGGAAGAGUGACGACUGCGAUGCAGGUGGGGAACGCAUGAAACUGGACGGACACGUGGAGAAGGACGCGUGGGGCCACGUGCCGUGGUCCGACUCGUUUGUGGACAUUGAAGGGCACGAGCGCAAACCCGUCGAGCACCCGCGCACGCGGUUCAAAAUGAUGCACGACGACAAUACGCUGUACGUUGCAGCAGAGCUCAUGGAGCCAAAGGUGUGGGGAACUCUCACCGAGCAGAACAGCACGUUGUACCACGAGAACGACUUUGAAGUGUUCCUCAAUCCUGACGGCAGUCGACAGCACUACUACGAAGUGGAAGUAAACUGCUUGAACACCACUUGGGAGCUGUUGCUGCAUCGACCGUACAAAGACGGCCAUAGCAUCGAGAAUCCGUUCAACUUGACGUCUCUGGACUCGGCUGUGGCUGUUGACGGCGUGGCCAACUCGCCCGGGACGACGUGCGUGCGCUGGUGCGUCGAAAUGAGUUGGUCGCUGGUAGAACUCGAGCAGUUUGACAAGCUGCGCUUUCGUGGUGGAGGUGUGCCCAAAGCAUUAUCCACUGCAGCAGUCAGCGAGCCAUUGUCGGCUCCAGCCACGAGUUCGACAGUCACUGGAAACGUGUGGCGUGUCAAUUUCUCACGCGUCCAGUACGAGCUCGAGACGACUGUGGAUCCCGACACACAGCAAGUGCAGUAUCGAAAAGUACAAGGCAAACCCGAGGAUAACAUUGUGUGGGCACCUACAGGAGUGAUCGAUAUCCAUCGUCCAGAAAGGUGGGGCUACGUGCUUUUCAGCAGUACAGAUGACCUGACUUGUGGAGAACUGGAACUCGCAAGUGCCAUGACAACGUAUUUGGAGGAACAGAUCGCCAUGGAACGCGUUCUCGAUGCCAUUUACUAUCAGCAACGAGCAUUUCACGCCACACACAACGGCUUCGCUUCGACAAUGGAGAUGCUGUACAGCGAGCCAACGCACCAUACGGCACUCGAUUCGUCAGCGUUGCCAGAUGACCAAACCCCGAAAAAGUGGACGGACGCGUUCCCAUUGCACGAUCUCUUGCGUCACUAUCGACUCGACACACCAGUGCUCUCGUGCGAUGGCGAUCUCGACACAAGCGGUGAAUGUCCUGCAGCACGGAACGAGUCGGACGACAUCGUCACUGCACACGCAGAUUGCUCCACGGUCUCGAAAUGUCUGGAGGAUGCGACUCCUUCAACACAACGUUCUCACUUGCAGAAGACGCAGACUUCUAGUGUGCGUGGCCUCGUCUCCCAGUACACGGCGACAGUGCGCAGCUCGACUCAAGAAUGGCGCAUGACCCAUACUGGAAAGCUCUGGAAGUCGGCGCAAUGCAAUGGCCUGUAG